UCACACUUAAUUGUGAAAGACUUGAUACUUUCCCCUUAAUAGUAGAUGCAAUACAAGAACUUCCAGUCUCAUCAUUUCUCUUCUAACCAGUACACUUAGGCAAGAACCAAAUAAGAGGCAUCCAAACUGGAAAGGAAGAAGUAGAACUUUCUAUUCACAGACAUGAUCUUCUAUGUAGACAGUCUGAUGGAAUCCUCCCCAAAGCUACCAGAAUUGGGAGGCAAUGCUCCAGUGGAGAAGUUGGAGGACUUCAUCAACAAUAUUAACAGUGUCUUGGAGUCCUUAUAUAUUGAGAUAAAGAAAGGAGUCACCGAAGAUGACGGGAGACCCAUUUAUGCGCUGGUGAAUCUUGCAACAACUCCAAUCUCCAAAAUGGCCUCAGAUUUUGCAGAGAAUGAACUGGAUCUGUUUAGAAAGGCUCUGGAACUGAUUAUUGACUCAGAAACUGGCUUUGCCUCUUCCACAAAUAUUUUGAACAUGGUUGAUCAACUUAAAGGCAAGAAAAUGCGGAAGAAGGAAGCUGAGCAGGUGCUGCAGAAGUUCGUGCAGAGCAGAUGGCUGACUGAGAAGGAAGGAGAGUUCACCCUGCACACCCGGGCCAUCCUGGAGAUGGAGCAGCACAUCCGGGAGACGUACCCCGACGCCGUGAAGAUGUGCAACAUCUGCCACAGCCUCCUCAUCCAGGGCCAAAGCUGCGAGACCUGUGGGAUCAGGAUGCACUCACCCUGUGUGGCCAAGUAUUUCAAGUCAAAUGCGGAGCCGCGCUGCCCCAACUGUAACGACUACUGGCCCCACGACAUACCAGAAGUCUUCGACCCUGACAAGGACAGGGAGGCUGGACUCUCCAAGUCGAACAGAAAGUCCUUGCGAUCCAGGCAGCACUAGCUGCGGUGCUGCGCAGGCUGUUCGGAAGAGGCGGCAGUGUUUCACGUUUCGUACGUCACCUCUUGCUGUAUUUCACUUAUUAGCAGGUUUGAAAUAAAACUUACUGAGGAGUCGCUGCAGCCUCGGUCUGUGUUGUGCGCCCGUCCGGGAGGUUUUGCGUCCUGGCCGCUCCCUGCUUCCUGGAGCUCACUGAUAACGGGCCCAGGGUGGGGUCCCAGCAGGUG